AUGGAUUUAACAGUCUACAAUGAUGUACCCAGCGAUACGCCUGGCACAUAUUGCCGCUUUUGCUUUCGUGAAACCAGCCUGGUACCGAUCUUUCAUCCAACGACGAGUGAACCGUUGAAUCUGGAGUUGAUAACGGUAAUUGUGGAUUGUAUUGGCGUGUUGCUGAAACCCGAGAUGGAUUUCCCCUCGGCGGCGUGCCAGAACUGUCUGCAGCUAAUGCAGGAGUUUCAUAACUUUCGAAGGCGUGCCCGAGAAUAUGAUAAAAUCAUACGUUCCAAGAUACUGCCCCGCAUCGAGCCGGAAGUGAUCAUCGUGAAGCAGGAAGCGUCCGAUCUGGAUAACGUCGUGUACGAUCAUGAGCAGACGGUGGAUAAAGAAAGCAGUAGCAGCAGUACGCUGACCGCCGACGAAUCUCGUGAUGCUUCGAUCGAUGUGCUGGAUCAGUUGCAGCAGCUACACCAACAGGCGCAGCUCCAUCAGCAGCAGCUGUUUCUGCACCAGCAGCAGCAACUGCAACAGCUGCACCAGCAGCAGGCACAGGACCAGGAACAGACCGACGAGCAGGAACCAAAGUUUAGCAUGAGUGCCAUUUUCAAUGCGCAAGCAAAUGCCUUGGCGGCCGUGGCAGCAGCCGCUGCCGUUAAUCCGAUACGCACCCAAACACGCAGCCAGUCGAAGCGCCAAUCGGCAUCCGGUUCCGUGCCACCGGCACUGGAAGAUAACCGAUGCAUGGUGUGCGGUGAAAAGUUUCAAUCCCGCGAUGUCUGGGUGGCACAUCUAGCGGUGCACACGGUCGAGCGCCCGUUUCAGUGCCACAUUUGUUUGGCACAGUUUAAAACCAAAUACGUACAACAAAACCAUAUCCGGACGGUGCACGAAAACGUGCGCAGCUACCGAUGUCCGAUCUGUACCGAGCCUAGUCGAAUGUUCAAGAGCAAGCGCACGCUCGAGGAUCACAUGCGUUACCAUACGGGGGAACGGCCGUUUGUGUGCUGCAUUUGUAAGAUAACCUUCUCGUCCGGCAGCGUACACCGCAACCACAUGUACCGAGUACACCGGGAGAUGCGCAAGAAGGAUCGCCGGUGUAACUACUGUGGCAAGGUGUUCGACCGCAUUCUCGACCUAAAACGCCAUCAGACGAGCUACUGCGAGAAGAUAGUCGGGCGGGAAAUAGCCGAUCGGUUAUAG